CUUCCUUUAUAAUUUAUUUCUGUAUAAAUUAUCUCUUCAUUCAUCAAUGGAGACGACAAGACAAGGAAUGUCGAGAAAACGUUGCUUGAGGAUGGAAUCGGUGCUGCAGCUGCCACACGAAGUAGUAGAGCGAAUCCUAGAGAAACUUGCGGUGAAGUCUCUGCUGAGAUUCAAGUCUGUAUCAAAGCAAUGGAGAUCAACAAUUGAGUCCCAAUUCUUCCAAGGAAGAGACUUGACGCAUCGUCAGCGAUCAGGAGAUCCAGAUGUUCUCAUGGUGUUCGAACGAGCCUACCAGCUGGGCACUGACACCCUAAGAACCCUGGUGUUGGGUUCAUCCUCAUCGGUCAAGAUCCCUGCUCCUUGGGAGGAGACGGACAACAAACUCUCUAAUUGUGUUUCCCAUAAUAGCUGUGACGGUCUCCUUUGUCUGUUUAAUCCCUACAAAGCUUUUGUGGUCAACCCUGCCACUAGAUGGUAUCGGGCUCUUCCUCCAUGUAACUUUCAACAACCCAUUCAUCAAUCUCUCUUCAAGCUUGGGCACAGUUUCUCUAGGCUUGGAUUCGGUAAAGACAUAUUCACGAACACAUACAAGCCCGUUUGGCUAUACAACUCUUUUGGAUUAGGCCUAGAAAACGCUACCACAUGCGAAGUUUUUGAGUAUACCACCAACGCUUGGAGGUAUGUCACUCCAUCUGCUCCUUAUCGCGUUCUUGCUCCCGUUAAGCCCGUGUUUGUUGAUGGGUCGCUUUAUUGGUUAACCGACUGCAAAGAAACCAAAGUUGUAUCUUUCAAUCUUCAUACCGAAGCUUUUCAAGUCAUCUCUAAUGCUCAUUUUCUCAAUUUCUCCAAUCCUUACACGAUUGUCAUGUGCAACCUCGAUAAACGCUUGUGUGUAUCCGAGAGGAUGUUCUACAACCAAGUGAUAUGGUCUUUCAGUUCAAGCUACAAGACAUGGGACAAAAUGUAUUCCAUAGACUUCGGUUUAACUGUUUUUUGGCAUGAUGGACGUGGUAUCCCAAAUUACCCAAGUUACGCUCUCAUGCCACUAGCAAUUCUGAAGAAGAAGUUGUUGUUUUAUGAUCCUAAGCUAGGACAACUAUUUUUUACUCGUGAUUCUGAAAUCAAACGGGAUGAAGUUGCUUUCUCGGCUAGAUCCAGUGGACUUCCUGUUUGUUAUUCACUACAAGAAAACAGUCGUUUUGCGACAGAACUUUGCGACGCCAGACGGUCCUCGCAAUUUUGCGACAGAUUUGCGAGUAACUUGCGCGAAAGACGACGAAAAUUGCAAAUCCCUCGCAAAAUUUGCGAGGGAGAAUCCGUCGCAAAUUUGCGAGGGAUUUACUAUAGUUUUGCGAGUCUGUGAAUCUUCCUCGCAAAACACACGCAACUUCCUCGCAAAAUUUGCGACGGAUUAGCGUUGAACUGUAUUUGCGAGGGAGUUGCAAGGGAUGAAGAUGUCGGCAACCACGUUUUCUCCGGGUGUAACUGUUUAGUCGGUAAAACAGUGAAUGCCUCGCAAGUCUCUUGCAAAAAAAUAAAUCUUUUUUAUUUCCCUCGCAAAUCCCUUGCAAAUUUCCCUAGCAAAUCCAUAGCAUAUAUUUUUAGUAUGCCUAUAAAUAGCAAGUCCAUCAUCUAUGGAAACCACAACACAAAACACUUACAACAAAAGCAAUUAUACUACCAAAAAAAAAAUUGAAAGAA